AGUUUUAAUUAAUUAAUAGUACCGAGGAUAUUUUUUAAAAAGUAAUUUCAAGCUUUAUUAUAAAAAAAUAAAAAUGAUAAGAGUUUGGCUAGUGACAAAAGCUCGAAGCAUUAGACUCUGAUUAUGAUAUUAUUUAUAUAAAAACCUUUUUUGUAGUAAUCGUAAAUUGUAAUUAAUUUUGCGAUGUAUUUCUUAUUAGUUUUUCUACUGUUCCGCUUAAUUGGAGUUUUAUCAUACUCACAUCAAAGACCGCUUGAAGAUAAACUAUGGAGUGAACGAUGUAAGAAACGUUCCGUCGUUUUGAAUGAUUGCAAUUGGUGUUGGUGUGACGUCAGACAGAGGUAUCAAUGUAAAGCACGCGUGUGCGAGGAAAUCGAUAUGUUUGGGCACUUUAAAGAUGCCAUUCGAGAUAUAGACGUGGGAAUGGAAGGACGAGGUUCGUGGCGUUCUAAAGCAACACCCUGCUCACCAGGAGUACAUUAUCAACGUGGGACCAUUUUGUGUGUUUGCGAUCAAGAUGGCAACUGGCCUAAUCCAGUUUGUAGGGAUAUCUUCAGAGUUCUUCACUCAGUUGAACUUACAGGAAAAACAACAAUAUCCAGUAACGAAUCGUGUACUCCAACCAAGCUUUACCUCAUUGGUUGCAACGUCUGUUUUUGUCCAUCUACAGGCUCGUUAGAUCCGGCGCUAUGUACAAAGAAAGAAUGUGAUGAGGGUGAUCCAGCUUUAGAAGUAAAUGAUGGGCCAGCGCUGAUAGCAGAUUCCCAAAAGAAUAAUAAAGAUAUUAAAAAUAUAGAAGUAUAUGCAACGUGCAAUAUUAAAAUCAAAUAUCAACUCGGCUGUAUGAAGUGCGAUUGUAUUGGAAAUAAUAGACUCAUUUGUGAAAAAUGUAAGUCCGAAAAUGAAAAUAAUAUGACAAUUAUAAAUCAGCAACCAAUAGCUAGAAAGAACUAUAAAAGUUACUGCAACGGAAAGAAAAUCGGCGAAAUAUUCAAGAUAGUCUGUAAUUAUUGCCAUUGUGAUAGAAAACUCAAUCUGUAUUGCACCGCAAAGAAAUGCAUCCAACCGCGAAACGUGAAAUUAAAAUCACAAUUCAAAUUAAGUAAGACUAUUAAAUUGAGGAAUGCAAAACCGCCACCUGAUGAGCAAAGCUGUUUAUCCGGUACGCAGUACAAAAUAGAUUGCAACACGUGCAAAUGUGUUAAACUAAGAAGUGGCAUCAAAGUUGUCGACUGUACACUUAAAAAUUGCAGCAACCAAAGUCCAAUUGAAAGCCAGAAACAUGAUUGCGUUGAAGGGUUAUAUUAUGAACUGGAUUGUAAGCUGUGUUAUUGUUAUAUAGAGGAUAAAAUAAAGCAUCAAGUCUGUCAAAUACAUGACAAUUGCGUUCAGAAUCUUGUAAUAAAGGAAAGGAUGAAACCAACAAAAUUAAAAUCAGUCGAAUCACAAAAUGGUUACUGCGAACCGUUGCACGAAUACCAAAAUAAUUGUAAUGUAUGUCGCUGUUUAUCAGAUGGUAAAACUUAUAUGUGCACAUCCAGGGUCUGUAUCAAGCGUUCCACAGAUACUCUCUCGGUAAAUAUAGUCCCGGUACAUAUGGAAAAUGAGGAAGCUUGCCCGGUAGGCCAUUCCUAUAAAUUAGAUUGUAACUUGUGUUUCUGUUUGUCAAAUGGCAAUGCUAUAUGUACAACUAAUAACUGUGUUAAGGAAUAUGUUUAGGAAUAUACAACGUGAUGAUA